CCUACGCACUCUUUGCCUCUCCAUAAAUCAUUGUUUCAGGACGAGUAGGUCCUUGGAGAGUUUAGCACUUUAUUUAAAAGAUUUAUUUAAAAUUUACAGGCACUUUUAGGGUUUGGUUUUCGGUUUUGAAACGGAUUUCGCAUUGAAAAAUUUUUGAUCUUCACAAUGGCACCUAUCGACGAUAAAGCAGUUUUAUUUGGGUCUCAUAUACAAUCCCUUGAGAGUUUUAAUGAUGUUUUAGCGGAUACAGUCAAUAUUUCCAAGUUUCUGUGCCAAUAUUGGAACUCAGAUUCAUUCAGUUACAACGUUUCAAAAGAAGAUUUUGGAGACACAGCUGUACAACUCUUGGAGUAUUUUAUUCAGACUAACUAUACUGGUCCUUUUCUUCCUAUUGACCCUGUUCAGUGGCUUCCUGCAGCCAUCCGUAACCAUGAAAAACUCCAUGCAUCUGUAUUGGAAGCAUUAACUGAAGAGGGUGAACGUCCUUAUCAUUUAACACCGAAACUUCUGUUCAUUUUGCUUGCACAAACUUUGUUUGAGUUUGCUCAAAGUUCCAAUCCUGUUCAUAUCUGGCACCGUAUUCGUCUGGAUUUUAUUCAUCAACAGUUACUUAGGAAUCAUGUUUCAGUUUUCUUUAAUCGAAUCAUGAAAAAUGUGAAUUUAAUAAAAGAUUAUAUUCAAGCACAAGACCGGGACACUCAAGGUCGUUUCGCCAUAGAGCUUGGGUUAAUCCAAUCCUACUACGAUCGAGAUGCUGCUGCUUUGCAAUUAUUGAAAGAUUCUGGCGAGAUUAUGGGUUUCAAUUUCGAACUUACCGGUGCCCCGGGUAGAAGAACCAAGUUUCAGACAUUUGACACAUCACAAUUAGUUGUUUUGGCAAAAUCUCGUGAUCGUUCCUCCGGAUUGAAUCCUUCAGAAGGAUUCAAGACUCAACCUAAAACAUUCAAUUUGGAUGAUGACACACUUUUAGAGAGGAUUACGUUCAAGGAGGAUUCCAUGAGUUUGGCUGCUCAAGAGAACAUUAAUCCUAUACUGGCGACGGAAGACCCAAAUCAUCCGUCGGAAUUACAUCCUUUGGAUGCUUCUUUGCUAUUGGCUUUUUGUCACAUAAUUAAGAACAAUAAUCCUGAUGAUGGUUUAACACGUGAGGAAAUGUCUCCAUAUGCUGAGCGGGUGUUGGUCCAUCCAGUUAACUGGUCAGUUUAUACCAUGGGCCUCUUAGUUCGUGCUCGGCUAGAAGGUUUUAAAAGUAGGACUGUCGAACGAAGCGUUUUACAAAUGCAAGCUUUGUUCGAUCAGAUGAAUGAUCAACUUAAUUCCGGUGCUGCUGUUGAUGCUGCUGAUCACAAGAAUACUUCUGGAUCAUUUUUGCCAAAGCCAAAAGAAGAAGAUGAAAGUGCUUCUGUACAAGAACGUUUAGCCUAUUUUUACAAUCUGCGUAUGCCUUCUCGUUGGCAAUUGGAAGCCGAGCUUGCUGAACGCUUUGUUUCAGUCGGUGCUACUAGGUCUGCAUUGGAGAUUUUUGAACGUUUAGAAAUGUGGGAUCGUGUUGUCAUCUGCCAAUGCUCACUUGAUCGCAGAGAUUUAGCCGUACAGGUAAUUGAAAGACAGUUAAGUAUUGACCCGAAAGAACAUUUAUUGCGUACUAUGCUUGGAGAUAUCCAGAAUGAACCUAAGCAUUACACAGAAGCCUGGGAACUUUCUGGUAAUCGCUACGCUCCCGCCCAGCGUUCAUUAGGACGCUACUAUUUCAAGCAAGGUGAACUGGUAAAAGCUAUGGAUGCUUUCUACAAAUCUCUUCGUAUUAAUCCUUUAUCACAUCCUACUUGGUUUACCUACGGAUGUGCUGCUAUAGGAAUACAGAAUUAUGAUUCUGCAAUGGAAGCUUUUACACGUUGUUUGUCAAUUAAUCCCGAAGAUGGAGAAAGUUGGAAUAAUUUGGCAAGUGCAAUGUUGAAGGCUGAUAGCCAUUCCAAGAGGGAAGCCUGGCACACCCUACAACAGGGCCUUAAAUAUAUGUAUGAUAGUUGGCGCGUCUGGGAAAAUUAUAUGUUAAUUUCCGUUGAUGUGAACCAGUGGUCAGAAGUCAUCCGCGCUAUUCGCCGAAUUAUAGAACUUAAUAGCAAAGCUGCGGGAGAAAAAGCAGUUGAUGUUCAAUGUUUGGAUCUAGUUGUCAGUCAUGUAAUGCAAACUUGUGAUGAUGAUUCAGCCGGUAUUGCAAAGAUGUUAAACGAAUUAAUUAGGAUGAUUAUUCCUUUGAUCACUAAUGACACUCGACUUUGGAAAAUCAUAGCUCGUUAUAACCUAUGGAAAAGAAAGUAUGCAGAAUCCUUGGAUGCUACUAUAAAAUCUUAUCGGAUUUUGAUAUCUAGUCCAAAUAUUACUUCGGACGAAACAGUUUGGAAUAAAACGGUAGAAAGUGCUUUAGAGUUGGUGGAAGCGUAUGCGAAUCUUGGCGAGAAACCUGGUAGAAUGGGUGGUGUUGUUGCUAAAGAUUGGAAAUUCAAAUCUCGAAGCAUUUUACGUUCUUUAUUAGGCACAGGUAAAGAAUCAUGGUCCGAAACCGAAUCAUAUCAGAAGAUUAUAGACACUCUUAAAGAGCUUAGAUAAAUCAAUUAGUGGUUUUAUUUAUGAGCUAUCAGAAAUA